CUCGCCGAAAGGCAUGGGUAAUCGUACACCUCAGCCCAGUAGAAUUUAUGGUUCGGUCUUAUUUACUUCCUGCUUGCUAGCUGGUGCUAAUACCCCACCGACGUGCGCACUCUGGGAUAAGACAGUUAUACAGAAUACACGAUUUGUGUGAGAUCAAUACUUUAAACUAUAGACUUGUUAAUGAUAUAAUCACUGCAACGCUGAUCGUGUUGGCCGAAAUACAUGUUCAUUCUGGACCCUGUGUUUUCGACCCGUGUCUAGUCAGGUACCCUUAAUAGUAAGACAUGUCCAUGUCGAUGAGGAGGUCGUCCAAGGUAGAUGUCGUCCCUGCUAACCGCACCGGCCAUGGUGGUGGACCUGGAGGGUCAGUCGCCCACACAAGAACAGGCCGUAAGAUUCUCACUGAGGAGGAACAGCUACAACACGACAUCAAGAUUCACCCGGAACUCCAGUCAACUCUUCAAGGAUUCGACGACUUUCUAAAUCUCCUUCAAGCUAAGAAGAGAGAUAAGGGACAGAUUUUUGAAGCCCUGUCAACAAACAUAAGUAAAGCCUUUGGAACGUAUUCAUCAGACAGCAUACGUGGAAUCAUGGGGAAUUAUCUGGCAGUUAAAGGGUUCGCAAAACGCAUGUAUGAUCUGUAUGAGUUUGCCAUUGGUACGAUGGACAUUCUGACGUGUGAUUUCAUCCACAAGCACCAGGAUGCUAUCGAGGUGAAGCUGGUGAUGGAGAUGCGGAAGAGUCUGUGGACGGCCAGUGACAACAGUUGGUCUCUUGGGGAGAAGAUUUCCCAGACAGGGUUGUUCAAGUACCUCCUAGCGGACGUGAAAGCCAUCGGGAAGACCUUACCAGUCAUAUCGGAUGACGAUCUUCCCUUUGACACCGCUGUUGGCAUCAUGUACAACUGUGCCCAGAACCAUGCGACCAGACAAAAGUACAGAGAGCUGGAUGCAGUUGACAUCCUCCUCCCCUUCCUUAAAGCUAAGUCAACAAAAGUGAAACUCACGACUCUGUUGGUGUUAACCCACAUCGUGGACGAGGCGAAAAACAAAGUCCUUUCAGCAGACGUUAGUGUGUUCGAUUUCCUCAUCGACAUGAUCAAGAAGGCUUGGGAGGAUCCCCAUCAUCGCUGUAUCCAGGGGACCACUUUCUUCAGCGCCCGGGAACUGCUGAACGGACUGACAGCCUUGGCCAAGAAUGACGACAACAAACGCCUGCUGAUGGAGAAGGGGGUUUUGAAAACCCUAAAAACAAUCCUUAAAGGGGGAUCAGAGGUGGAGCAGGAGGAGGCUAUAGGAUGUAUCAGGGAACUCUCCUUUAAUGACCAAAACAAAAGUAUUCUCAACGCUGACGAAGGUGUGAUGGACGUACUGAAGGAGAAGGAAGCGUCUGGUAACGCACACAUCGCCAAGGCUGCCCAGUUCACUCGAUGGGGCCUUGCCACCAAGAAAAUCCAAGAAUCCAAUAUUCGACGCAGACAAUCAUCGAUGUCGAUGACCGCGAUACCACCCAAAUCUGGUCACGUGAUGUUGAGUUACUCCUGGUACAAUCAGAAAACCGUACUAGAAGUCUAUGAUCGACUGAAGAGUGAGGGAUUUCGGCUCUGGAUUGACAUUGAUGACAUGGCCGGCAGCACGCUGGGGGCGAUGGCGAACGCCGUGGAGAAGGCCAGUGCUGUUAUUUUGUUUGUGUCGGAGUCAUACUUUGAAUCGCAGAAUUGUAGGCAAGAGGCGGAGUACACGUACAAGCUGAAGAAGACGAUGGUGCCGGUGCUGCUGCAGGGGGGGUACCAACCUACAAGCUGGCUGGGGAUCAUUCUGGGGACGAAGUUGUACUUUGACAUGAGUCCUGGGAAAGACUUUGGCGCCAAGUUGAAAGAACUCGUGAGAGAGCUCGGGGAUAAUGGACGAAUUACAGAGGAGGAAGAGAAGCUGCAGGAUGUUACUGACGCCGCCUCAAAACCGUCAAUGGCGGUCGUCGCGCGUGGAGGAGGAGGAGAAAGGGUGGCCGGGUGGACCAACAAAGAUGUCACUGAGUGGUUGAAAAACAUCGGCAUGUACAGCUCUUCUCCCUUGAGGUCGCUGACAGGGCAGGAGCUGAUGUUCCUACAACAUCUCUUAAACAAGGCCCCUGAGUUCUACUACAGCUACUUAGAGAGAAACAUGAAACUGAAGACUCUCAAGGACCUCAUGACGUUCUCAAACGCUCUGACGUUGCUAUGAGAAACGCUGACUGUAAGAUGCAGACAGUACUGGUUAACUCAGCAGAUAGAAGAUGUUUAUUUCUUUAUAUAUGUAACUCAAACCAAGUUAAAACACACCCACCAUUGGGAGGUUGGGUGUUGCAAUACCCACCAGCCAUGGCAGAAGUGGAUGUUUCAGAUACCGCUUUAGGUUGUGAACAAUCAUAGACAGACAACGAAUGACGAAUGGGUAUGAUGAUGUAUGAUGAAGCAAACGAACUAUCACCUUUUAUACGAAUAGGAAUGCAUAGAACCUGUUCAUGUACUUUGUAUACCAUGUCACAUAAUGAUGUCCUUAUCAAUGUAUGUCUGUGUACAAAUAUAUUAUUUAGUUGUUCAUAUAAAAUUAUCUAAAUAUGGCAAAAUACAAUAUACAUACCCA